GGGGCGCUGGCGAGCGUCUUACCGCUUGAUAACACGAUCUGUUGUCAGUUAUCGCGAGGAAACCUGUGAGAGGUUUCCGGUUGGCUACAGGAGAAAGGGCAUACUUUAUUUAAGGCAGCCGUUCUUAGAAAAUAAACGUCUUCACCUUUUUUAUUAUUCUAUUUUGGUAUUAAUAGCAUUAAGAAAAAAGCAUUCAGAUGUCGGAAGACUUGAUGAAACAAUUAAGCAGCUACAAAGCUCAGCUGCAACAAGUAGAAGUUGCCUUAUCGACCGACCAAGAGAAUGAGGAUCUUCUUAAACUCCAGAAGGACUUGCAGGAAGUGAUUGAUCUGACAAAAGAUCUACUGACUUCACAACCUGCCGAUGGAUCUUCCGGCACUAGUAGUUCAGUCCCAGCUGCCCCAAAGCACAACUGGAAAGUGGGAGACAGGUGUUUGGCUCUGUGGGGUGAUGAUAGCCAGGUGUAUGAGGCAGAGAUUGAGGAGCUAGACCGAGAGAACAGAACUGCAGCCGUUACCUUCACUCGGUAUGGAAAUGCUGAAGUGAUUCCAAUCCAGAACCUCAGAGUGGCCGAGGAUGGACUACGUCCUGAAGAGGAUGGGAGUAUGAAGUCAAAAUCAAAGAAAGAGCAGAUAGCAGAGCAGCGUGAGUAUAAGAAGAAGAAAGCCCAGAAAAAGGUACAGAGGAUGAAGGAAUUGGAACAAGAGAGGGAGGAGCAGAAGUCAAAAUGGCAACAGUUCAAUAACAAAGCAUACUCAAAGAACAAAAAAGGACAGGUUAAGAGGAGCAUAUUUGCAUCACCAGAAAGCGUGAAUGGAAAGGUUGGAGUGGGAACAUGUGGCAUCGCAGACAAACCUAUGACCCAGUAUAAUGACACAUCCAAAUACAAUGUCAGACAUCUAAUGCCACAAUAAUAUUAUAUAUUCUGUAAAUAAUUAUCCACUGUAUACUAGCUGUAUCAGUGCUUUCCAUUGUGUUUAUACAUGAUUUAAGUUUCUCCAGUAAAAUAAAUAUUUCAAGGAAUUUUUGCUUGCACACCAGUGUUUAUAUUGUUGUAGUCCUCUUACAUAUUAUGUAGAUACAACAAACAUCAGCAAGAAAAUGUUCCUGCUCUUGAACAAGUGACUUGUUGUAUAUAACAGGAAGUUUUAGAGAAAAUGUUGUCUUUUUGUCCCCAUAUUUGACUGAGAAAAAAAUCUGCGGAGAUAUGUAUAAACACCUUUAGAUUUUGGGAUGCACAUUUUUCUUUUUCCUUUUUUUAAACUCUUGACACAUAGUACGGAUAUUUGAACAUUGAUAAUGGUGUUGAUUUGAAAUGGCUAAAUUUACAUUUUAAUUUCUGUACAUACAUAACAGUGAAAUAAACAUUUUGUUGUCAGUUUUUAAAAGUAUUG